GCAGUUCUACAUGUUUGUAUGUUUGCUGUUACGAGAAGUCAGGUAUGCUGCAUUUAUGCAGGUCUAGCACUAUAACAUUGAAGUAUUAUUCUGAUGUCAUGCUAAAUGGAAAUUGCUUCUGUGUCAAUGCAGCACAGCGCAAGUAUUAAACAGUGCAAAGAUGCACAACAGUGUCUCACAAUAGAAUAAUAAGCACACCUACUCAUAACCACUGCAGGAAGAGACACCGUGAGUCAAGUGAGUUUAUUUGUCAGAUGCACAAAGAUACAAGGUGCUCAGAUCAGUUAGUGUAAGAACAGUGGUUUGUAUAAAGUCUGUGCAGUUCACUCCCUGCCUAAGAGCAGCUCUGCUGGAUUGUCAUGCAUUAUGUAUUGAGCAACAGAGCAGAGUUUGGCCUACUUGGUGCAUGAUGUACCUUGAGUCAACCUCCUGGAAUAUGUAUAUAAAGGGAUAAUGUACCUGACAGACAUUCCCUCUUAGACUGUGUUCGUUGUCUCAGAACCUGUUCUGUCAGACCUCUAUAAUAACUUGUGUCGUUAGGUGUUGGCAUACAACAUAUGAAACAUAUCAGUUUUGUUAUCUUGGCUUGAGAAGCCACAAGACAGAGACAAAAAGAGACACACAUUGCAACUGUAAAAGUCAGAUUUCUUUCACACACAGUGGAAUAGGACUGCAACUCAGGUGAUUGAUCAAUCUGUCCAUUAUUUUCUUGAUGAAUCGAUGAGUUAUUUGGUCCAUAAAAUGUCAGAAAAUGUGGAAAACUAGGGCACACCCUGGACAGGUUACCAGUCCAUCACAGGGUCACAUAGAGACAAACUACCAUCCACUAUCACACCUAUGAUCAAGUGAGUGUCCUAUUUGCUUAAUCUCCAAAUCUGCAUGUUUUUGGACUGUGGGAGGAAACAGGAGAACCCGGAGAACACACCCACACACACACACACACACACACACAAACGAGGAGAGCAUGCAAACUCCAUGCAGAAAGGCCCUUGUUCCGACCAGGUUUCGAACCUCAACCUGGGUCUUCUUGCUGCAAAGGCAAUACUGCUAACCACUACACCAACCGUGUGGCCCCAAUAUAAAUACCAUGCUGGGAAAAAGUCAUUUGCCAGAGCAGUUCACUGUACAGUACAGUUGCUUCACCUUCAAACUCACCAUAACCGUCUGACAAGGGUUUAUUUUCCGAUAAUAGGUUUAGCGUGUUGCCUUUGGGUAUUUCUAUCCUGUCUCUAAAUAGAGCUGAUAGGAUUAGGCCUCUUGAGCAAGGGAGCCAUCUUCUGCCUCGGACACUCACCUUAUUCUGCCCCUCUUUCCAUGAACUGAUCCUGUGUUAUUUUGAGGGAUAUUGUAGUGUUUGUUAUGAGAAUGGAUUUCAGUGGAGGGAGUGUGGUCAUUUUUAGGCAAAGUGUCGCGAUAGCUAACUGAGCAUCUGCACCUCGUGGGAAAACCCGACCAGGUUGUCGUCUCAUCGACUUCACAGUGUCGCACGGCUGGUGUUGUCUUCUUCCCCAAGGAUCUGUUUCUGUAGCUCAUUAUUGUAGACUUCUGGUGAACAGUAGCUCAAAUUGGACUGAAAUUUCAGAGACAGAACAGUUAUGGGAGUACCAAACUCCAGAGAAUACAGCUACCAUCAUACUCCAAAUACACCCUUUAAGAUGUUGCUGAAACGACGUAAUGAGCCCCUGAAGAAGGAGCGGCCAAAAUGGAAGAGUGAAUACCCGAUGACGGAGGGUCAGCUGAGGAGUAAGAGAGAUGAGUUCUGGGAUACGGCGCCAGCCUUUGAUGGACGGAAAGAGAUCUGGGAUGCGCUGAGAGCAGCCGCCUUGGCUGCAGAGUGCAAUGACCUGGAGCUGGCACAGGCUAUAGUGGAUGGAGCCUGCAUUACUCUGCCACAUGGAUCCCUGACAGAGAGUUAUGAUGAACUGGGAAACCGCUACCAGCUCCCAGCGUACACUUUAGCCCCACCGGUCAACCUCAUCUCUGAAACGUCCUGUGAUGGCAAAGUUUGCGAAUCCACGCAAAAACAAGCUCAACCGCCUCCAUGCAGACAGGAGUUCCAGCUGCGGGUGCGUUUGUCAACAGGUAAGGACGUACGCCUGACAGCCAGCAUUGCAGACUCCAUCGCUGAGCUAAAGAAACAAUUAGAGGAGCAGGAAGGAAUCGCCUUGACUCGUCAGAGGUGGUUCUUUUCUGGGAAACUCCUGACCGACAAGACUCGACUGCAAGAUACCAAGUUCCAGAAGGACUUUGUUGUCCAAGUGAUUGUGAAUGUGAACCCGUCAGUGACGGCUAACUGAGGAGUGACACAGAAGGCUGAGAAGUGAAGAAAAAAAUUCAAGGAUGUGCCACAGGGAGCUGCAGGAUUUAGGGUUGAAAUUGCUUUUUUAGUUGGUACUGCACUGGAGUUUUGUGUACAUUUUUAUAUAUAUAUUUAAGAUAUUAUUGCUUUUAUAUUGCUCCUUUUUGUAUUUUCCUUUUUCCAAAGAAGAAAGAAUACUGAAAAGCACUGAAACACUUUAGAGGUUUAGAAGUAGAGUCCUAAUAUGCACAUCCAAAUGUCUGUCUCUGUUAUUGUGUGGACAUUAACUUUUUUAUUUUAUUUUAUUUUUUACAAGGAUUCCUCUCCUUUUCAUGUGUGCUUGUACCUGUGCUUACUUAUGAAUCAAGUAUGGUUCACCUCUGGGAUCCAAAUAAGAAAAAGCCAUUGUCCUCUUGUUUUCUUCUUUGCUUUUUAUUUAUUUAUUUAUUUAUUUAUUUAUUUAUUUAUUCAGUAUGUCAUAUUUCUGUCAUGCGAUUUAAGCUGAAGGCUAAAGAUGGCUGAAAAUUGAAAGAUGUAAAUGUCAGUUCUGAAAAGUGUUGUUUGUUCAUGUAACUGUGCGCACGUUUCCUUUUCAGUUUACAUUUGUUUGUUCAUAAUGAAGUCACAGAAUGUAAUGAAGGCACUUUCUUAAAAAGUAAUAAGAGAUGCUAAGAUCCUAAAUGUGUUUUUCUUUUUCAUUUCAUCACUCCAAACAGGAUGCUGUAGUGUAAUUUACAUGAUACUCCAAUGUACUUGAAUAAUUUUCCAAUAAAUACUGUAAAUUUCAA